GAGUCGUGUCUAGAGGGGCGGAACUGAGUCCCCCGAGCUGCGGCAGCGACGGGUCCCUUAUACAGCGCGCACAGAGCGACUGAUCCCCCCAGCAGCCGCUGCAGCGUCCCUAGGGACGGGAGGCUCAGCAGGAGAACGAGGCACCGCUCGUGUCUCCCCGUCUAGUCACCCCCUCCCCCCGGCAGGCACACCCCGAGCCAGGCCUUGUCAGCCCUACCGAGCCCCGGCUCCUGGGCGGUGAGAGGCCCCGGCUGGGUGAGGCGCGUUCCCUGCAUUGAGUUUCUCUGGGUGAAACGUUAUAGCCGGGACUGUCUCCCGCCUCUCCCCGAGCUGGCCACGUUACAUACUACACGGGGGGCGGCGUCUCUUCCUUUCCCGUGUCUAUUUCAGUGGCACAGAGGCUGAGGGCGGCUUAACAAAAACUUACGGACCAACUCAGCCAUUUACACACCACUCCUGCUCAGGUGGGGAAUCACUGAAUACGACUGCCUGGAAAAGCUGGAGGACAGAAGUGGGCGCAGUUCCCUUUUUAGAUGCGCAAUUUUCAGUGCCCUUGGAUGGCACUAGAAAACUCAGUUGGCAUCGUUAGCUCCAAGUCACAUGGGGGUGGGGUAGUGCAAUUCUAGCAGCUGUAGUUCAAAACAAUUUGGCCUGUCAGGGGAAAAAGCUAGAUGUAAACAGUGUGCAUCACUUCCUUUUGCCCUGGGGAAAAGUUUUGUAACAGUCACUUUUGGACUCAGAAUUAGCAGGAAUUGAGGUGUUACAGGUUAAGAGCAUGGGCAUCCAUGGAUUAAUGAGCUAUGUGGGAGAGCAUAAGCAGUUCUUCACUGAUCUACAAUUAAGGAAUACAAAAAUAAUCAUUGAUGGAAAUAAUUUGUUUCAUCGGCUUUAUUUUGAAUCAAAUCUAGACCUCCAGCAUGGAGGGGAUUAUGAUUCUUUUACAGAUAUUGUACACAAGUUUUUUGAAACUUUGUCUGUAUGCAAAAUAUACCCAUAUGUUGUGUUAGAUGGAGGGUGUGACUUGUCCGAUAAGAAGUUUGUGACAUUAAAGGAAAGAGCCCGGGAUAAGAUCCAGGUAGCAUAUUCCAUCUCUAGAGGUGGUGGUGGAAGUGUGCUACCCCUGCUCACGAGAGAGGUUUUCAAGCAAGCCUUGACCAAAUUAGAAGUGCCUUUUGUCCAGUGCUUCUCAGAAGCAGAUAGGGAUAUUAUGUCAUUAGCUAAUCAUUGGAAUUGUCCCGUAUUAACUUUAGACAGUGACUUUUGUAUUUUUGAUUUGAAAGCUGGGUAUUGCCCUCUGAAUUACUUUCAGUGGAGAAACCUUUGUACCUGUGAAGGCACACUGGACUGCUACAUUCCAGCUCGAUGCUUCUCUUUAGAGAGACUGUGCAGCCACUUCAGUCAUAUGAACAAAGCCCUUCUUCCUCUCUUUGCUGUAAUGAAUGGUAAUGAUUACAUUAAUCUGCCAGCUCUAGAGACAUUCUUCAGCAAGGUGCGCCUGCCAGUUGGAGGCUCUGGUUGGAGGGGGAGGAAGCAUGUCCGCAUUCAGGGACUUCUAAACUGGUUAUCCCAUUUUGCUGACCCCACAGAGGCUAUAGACAAUGUACUGAAAUAUCUUAAAAAGCAUGAGAGAGAAGAAAUAAGGAAGCUUCUAUGCGCUUCCAUGGAGGAAUAUGAACAGUCUGAUGUGAAUCUUGAGGAUUUUUUUCAGAAUGGAACCUAUGAAUCUCAGGUGACCAGGAACUUAGAGUUACCACAAUGGAUGCUUGAGGCUUUUGCAAAAGGUCAUUUGUCUCCAUUCAUUAGUGAUGCCCUUCUAUUAAGAAGAACAAUCCUUCAUGUCCAGGUGGAGAACAUGCAGAGGCCUAGUGCUCACACAGUAGCCUUACCCAUUCGUCAAGUCAUCUAUGGGUUACUUCUGAACGCCUCUCAAAAUUCUGAAGUUACUUCCCCAAGUAAGCAGUCCAACAAGCUGCCGAUUGUCCGUGAAUUUGAUAGAAUCCAAAAGACUCUUAAAAAAUCCUUUGUUCCAACAACAAUGCUGCCUCUGGAUUUUUGUGAAGACCAUCGCCCUUUGGCCACACUAACUGAGGUGCCCAGAUCAGAUCGGCUAAAACUUCUGUUGGAGACAUUAGGAGCGAAAGCCAACAUCCUACAACCCAUCCCCAGUCCCUUGUGGCUCCCUGUUGCUGUAACCUGCUACUGGACACAUUACUCAGAACCCAAAGUGAAAUUGCAUCAUUUACAGGCAUUACUUCUAGGAAUGGUAUUUGGGGAAUUGCACAGGACAAGUAGCAGCCCAGAUCCUGCGGUUUUCCAUGUCAAAGAUAAAAUGGUCUAUGACCAGUUUCUAAAAUGGAAAGAAAAGAAUUCUCAGGAAUUACUGGAUUUAGACACAGCACACACUUUCUGCCAGUGGCAGUGCUGCCUCCAGAUGGGAUUGCAUCUCAACCAGCUACUCUCUACUCCUCUCCCUGAACCAGAGGUAACACGGCUUUAUUGUGGGACCCUUGUGCAUAGACUAUGCAAAGAGCUUAAAUCAGCACAUGGAGCAGAGAAUCUGCUUAUCUCAUCUCCAAAGAUGAGCCAGCUUUAUUGUGAUCUGCUCCAUGCAGUAAAGUCAACUGUACCUCCAGACUUCUUCCAGGAGACAACCAAAUCCUGCAAGGAAAAGAACAAGCAAGCCACUAGUCAAGCAGAGACUACCAGACAGCAUGCUACAUUGGAAGCUCAGCCUCUCUGUGAUGUUAACAAUAGGUUUGCAUCACUAAUGGUGGAAGACUGAAAGCAGCACAUGACAUUCAAAUAAUUCAGCCUUGUGAAUGGAUCACAGUUACAAUUAAGUGGGUGAACUGCAUUGGAACUUAACUGGCCUUUUUACAAAACUUGAUUCACAUGGAUCAAUUUUUAGAAUGAAUCUUGCUAGUGAUUUUCCGCCCCCCAAAUAACGUUCUUAUAGGAUACUGUCUGAACUUUCCAAAAAAUGGACAGUCGUUUGAUGUCCUUGAAUACAACAGAAGAAACGAAAUUUGCAAUUUUAAAGUAAAGGAGUAAGAGGACACUAUUCUCCCCACCCCUCCAACCACCAUUUUCAAAAAACAUGCCAUCACAACUACAUACUUGACAUGGAAAGCUAAUCAUAAAUUUAAUUCUGCAAGGCCAGCGUCCGCCAGUGAGAUUUUCAAAAGUUUCCAAGGGAGGAACAUGGGUGCCUGACUUCCAUGGACUUUCAGUGGAAGUUGGGCCAUCUGCUGUGCCUAUGGUAUUCUAGUUACUGAACUGUCGGGGAAAAACUGGAACGUAUCCUUUUCUUCUGUGUUUCUCUUAACAAGAAACAGGUUUGGAUAGUCACUACCAAGACUGAAUGCUACCACCUAAAGUAAACUAUUUUUUUUCUUCCAUCAAGUACCUUUGAUACCACUUGAGAAACUGUCAAGCAAGGGUCUUUUCCCAGAAGAUUCCAAAAAUAAAGGAAUGUUAAAACAAAGAUUUGUUUUAAAUAAAGAUUUGUUUUAAAUAAAUUAUUUAUGCAUA